CCCUGGCUAAGGUAAGAGGGAAGCAGGAAGUUUCAGGUAGGUGGUAGAGCUAAGAGAAGCAGAAAGAAAAUGCCCAUUUGUAGGCAUUUUAAGAGCAUGUCUGUUUCAAAGUCUAGGAGCAGCCACUGAAGCUAAGCAGCUGUCAAGGCCUUGGUCUCCCAAAAGAAAAGCAUAGGAUCAGAGCUGAGAUCUGCCAUGCAGAAGUGAGGAGAAUUCUGACCCAAGUAAAGAAUUUCAGCAGAAUAGCUGACCUUCUCAGACCAUGAACUAUGUGGGGCAGCUGGCUGAGACUGUACUGAUCACUGUGAAGGAGCUGUAUAAGGGCCUGAACCCAGCCACCCUGACUGGAUGCAUUGACAUCAUUGUGGUGAGGCAGCCAGAUGGCUCUUUCCGGUGCUCACCUUUCCACGUGCGCUUUGGGAAGCUGGGAGUCCUGCGCUCCAGGGAGAAAGUGGUUGACAUAGAAAUCAACGGGGAGCCAGUGGACCUGCACAUGAAGCUGGGAGACAAUGGAGAGGCCUUCUUUGUCCAGGAGUCAGAGGAGAAUGAGGAGACGAUCCCCUGCUGUCUGUGCACCUCCCCUAUCCCUCUGGAAGAGAGCCCAGAUCUCCUGGCCGAACCAUCGAAGGUGUCCACUGUGUCUCAGCUCAGCCUGCUUGGAGAGCCAGAAGCAUCGGGCUCUGACACGACGUCCCUUCGUAAGAAAAGGCGGCGCAGGAAGAAGCUGAAGCCGAAGGAGGCGGCGGACUCUACUUCGGAAGAGCAGGAAGGGACUGACAGCGAAAGGACUCUCGAGGAAAAGCGCAAGCUGCUGACUGCCUGUGAUUCAGUUUAUUUCUCCUUCACUGACCUCCCAAGAGAGGAAGCUGGGACUGUGCCAUCCAAAGAGAUCUACCAUUAUUCUGAUGGGGAGCUGGCUCCGUCUCAGAGCCUCACUCCAAGCUGUCCGUCUUCCCCCAAAAGUGACUCUGAACUGGAGCUCAAACCCUCUGAUCCAUCUCUUCUUGGAGCUGAACCCCACAUGCAGUGGACUUGGGGGAGGCUCCCUCAGGUGAGUAAAUUGGAGCGAGUCGAACCAGUCAAGUCUACUAUGACCAUCCCCACGACAGCGACCACCCCAGUGAGCCAGGCAACCCACUUCCAAGCCAUCACGGCAGGUUUGGAAGGAGACUUGAGAACAGCAGACUCCUGGGAUACAUCCUGUUCCUCCACCACACCUGUAAUUAGGCCAACGCCUGUCUUCCAAAAUGGGAAUGGCCCCCCUGUGCCGAAAGACCAGCUCUCUGCAGAGACUGCAGCUGCGGUGGGGAGUACGCCAGAGACUGCCCUGCCCCGAGUAGGAGAGCAGGGAGCACAGGAACAGUCAGUGGGAGAGGCUGCGGAAGGAGAAGAGAAUGUGGUGAAGAACCAGCAAGUCCUAGAGCUGGAUCCCUCUUGUGCGCAGGCAGCACCAGCCCCAAGACAGGCUGAUUCGGAGAGCUUGGAACCCAGUAAUGGCCCAGGAACCAAACCAGAGAGCCCAAGGAGGCAGGGCUCCACCAAGAGAAGCCCUCACCUGGGUCCCAGCGACAUUUACUUGGAGGACCUCCCCAAUCUGGACGAGGAGCAGGUGGCCCUUUAUUUCCCCAAAAGUGAUGUGGAACCGGGUUCAAAGCCCUCGACUGAUCCCAGCAGCCCCAGCCAUACCCAACUGCUGGCUGGUCCUACAGCCGAUGGAGGCACCGAUAACUUAUCUGACCCCGCUCAUGACCUGACGCACCCCAUUGCACUGUCCCUUUGUGGUGGUCUCGGGGACAGCAGACAGAUCUUGCACCACAAGUUUGUGGAGCACAUCAUCUCUUACCAGGAGUUUGCUGAGAACCCAGAAGUCCUCGAUGACCCAAACCUGGUGAUACAGAUCCACAAGAAGUACUAUAACUGGGCAGUGGCUGCUCCCAUGAUCCUCUCCUUGCAGGCAUUCCAGAAGAACAUUCCCAAGAGCACCAUUGACCGGCUGGUGAAGGAGAAAAUGCCCAAGAAGAGCGGCAGGUGGUGGUUUUCCUGGCGGAGGAGAGAUUUGACUGCUGAGGAGCAUGAACCCAGCGCAGGAGAACUGGAGCAGGGCUCUACCCCACAGCGGGGGAAGAUGGAUCCUUCAUCUAGUGACGAAUCCAUAUCCCCAGUGUCAAGACCUGAUGCCACCAUGCAGAAAUUUCUUCCCACCUACAAGAAAUCCCUGAGGCUCUCUUCAGAUCAGAUUAAGAGACUGAAUCUGCAGGAUGGCCCCAACGAGGUGGUGUUCAGCGUGACCACUCAGUACCAGGGCACGUGUCGCUGUGAGGCCACCAUCUACCUGUGGAAUUGGGACGACAAGGUGGUGAUCUCUGAUAUCGAUGGGACCAUCACCAAGUCUGACGCUUUGGGUCACAUUUUGCCACAGCUGGGAAAAGACUGGACCCACCAGGGCAUUGCCAAACUCUUCCAUAAAAUCCAUCUGAAUGGCUACAAGUUCCUCUACUGCUCAUCCAGGGCAAUUGGCAUGGCACACAUUACCAAAGGAUACUUGAAAUGGGUCAAAGACCAGGGCUGUGCCCUCCCCAAGGGGCCCAUCCUGCUGGCCCCCAGCAGCCUCUUCUCAGCCUUUCACAGGGAGGUGAUAGAGAAGAAGCCGGAGAUAUUCAAAAUCGCCUGCUUGACAGACAUCCGGAACCUGUUUGGCUCCAUGGGGCAGCCCUUCCAUGCCGCCUUUGGGAACAGGGUCCAUGAUGUUGAUGCUUACAAGCAAGUGGGGUUGUCAGCGUCUCAUAUAUUCACGGUGAACCCAAAGGGGGAACUGAUCCGGGAGCUCACCAAGAAUCAGAAAUCCACGUACGAACGGCUGACUGAGCUGGUGGAGCUAAUCUUCCCCCCGCUAGGCCAGGGUGUUAGUGUUGCCUUGCUGUGGCCAGAGUACAGCCAGUUCUCCUACUGGAGGGCUCCACUGCCGCUCAUUGACAUAGAAGAUCUUGCCUGAUUCACCGGAGAAUGGAGACCUGGUGAGGCUGGACAAUCUGCCAGGCCUAGAUACAGCAGCCACUGCCGCCUCUUGCUUAUUCUGCUGCUGCUAGGGAGUUUCAUUUAAUAAACCCUGGACACCUUCUGGACUGUGAACCCCUCUCCAAGGGGUAGUGGUGGGGUUAAUCCAGUUUUUGACUUAAAGCUUGUUUGUUCAGUAGAAAUUGGAUGAAUUUUUCCUAUAUACCAGAUACAUGCGUGAGGUUCUUAUAGGUUUGAAAUGACUUGUUGGUUUUUAGGGAUGGUGGGUGGAUCCCCUUGGGGUUGAUCUACUGAUGGGUCUUCACUGUGGCUGCUGCUAUUUACAAUUUUACUGAUGGCCCCAGACUGUCUUAAUGGCUACCUACAAUGUAGCUUUUUUUUUUUUUUUUGAGGGGAGGGUCCUCCAUCCUAGUCUACUCAACUACCAGUGAGAGUUCAGAGCUUGGAUCAGCUGAGAUGCAGUUUAAUUGCUCAAUGAUUUUGUGUUAGGAGGCUGAAGACUGUCAGGAUUAAAGUAGUUGGUCACUAAUAGCAUUAAUACAUAGUGCCUUAAA